AUGCAGUACUUUUUCAAUUUUGCAUUGAUCUUAUCAUUUAUAGCAUGCGCCAUUCACGCAUUGCAUAUUGAAGUUCCAGCAGUGCCACGUCCUGAACCUGUUUGUAUUCGAGAUUUCGUGCAGGAAAAUCAGAUGGUUGUAGUCAACAUUAACACAGAUGGGUAUAAGGGAGACGGACAAAGAUUGGAUAUAACCAUUGUUGAUUCGGUUGGUAACCAAUAUGCUACAAGGAAAGAUAUUGUGGGCAAGGUGAAAAUUGCAUUCACUUCUCAUAAUAAUGCCGCCGUGGAUAUUUGCUUCUACAACCACCAGGAACAGCAAUGGAAGAAACAUGGCUCAAGAGAAAGUUCUAUUAGAUUGGUUGAGUUGGAAGUUGAAAGCGGUGCUGCUGCAAGAGAUUGGAACGCGUUACAAGCAAGUGAAAAAUUGAAACCAGUGGAGGUGGAGUUGAAAAAGAUUGAGAGCUUAACAGCUGAAAUUGUUCAGGAAUUGCAAUAUUUGAAAAGAAGAGAGGAGAGAAUGAGGGAUACAAAUGAAUCCACCAACUCAAGAAUCAAAUGGUUCUCUAUUAUCAUUAUAUUCUCCUUGGUGGGAUUUGGGGGAUGGCAAAUCCAAUAUUUGAGGCAUUAUUUCAAAGUAAAGCAUAUUAUUUAG